AUGGGCAGCCGACGGCCUCCUGUGCCUUGCCGAGGCCGGCGACUGGUGCCGCACGCCCUGUCGCGACCGGACACCGCGGCGGCGGCCAUUGCCCAGGGCAUAGAGCUGUGUCGAGAGAAAAAGUACGAUGCGGCACAAGGAUUGUUUGAAGCAGCGCUCGAACUGCCGGGAACAGGCACAAAAAGAUUUCGGAACAAGCCUCCCCAGAUCAGCAACAGCGAGCGCAUUGCUGCCCUGUACAACAUCGCCUGUUGCCAGGGCCAGCUAGGAAACAUCCAAAACGGCAUGAUAGCCCUGGCUGGGGCUCUAGAAAGCGGCUACGCUGAGUUUGAUCAGAUGAGGAAUGACCCCGACCUUGCCCCGCUGCGGGAGAGCCCAAAGUUUGAGGGACUGCUGCAGCGCUUUGGCGGGGCACAGCCCAAGGGGUUCCUCGAGCGCUUCAAGAGAUGA